UUUUUUUUUAUCUUUUUUUUUUCUUCUUCUUCUUUUUUUUUUUUCUUUCUUUCUUUUAUUUUUUAUUUUAUUUUAAAAAAGCCACCCAAGGUUUUUAUAUUAUUUUAUCAACAUCAUGUCCUCACCCUCUACAGCUGAAGUCUCUGCAAACGCCAUCUAUGUUGGUAACCUCGAUCAAAGAGUGACUGAAACCAUGUUACAAGAAAUCUUUGCUACUAUUGGUAUUGUUGUUCAAGUCAAGGUGGUCAAUGUUAAACGACAUGGUCCUUAUGCUGGUGUUAACUAUGGUUUUGUUGAAUAUGCUGAUCGUCGUGCUGCUGAACAAGCUAUUCAAGAUAUGAAUGGUCGUAAAAUCUUCAAUCAUGAAAUCAAAGUGAAUUGGGCUCAACCUGGUACUGCCGCUGCUAAGGAAGAUACUUCUAAUCACUUCCACGUGUUUGUUGGUGAUCUUGCUCCUGAAAUUACUGACGAUAUGUUAGUCAAGGCUUUCUCUGCUUUCGGUACCAUGUCUGAAGCUCAUGUUAUGUGGGAUCCUGUUUCUGGUAAAUCUAGAGGUUUUGGUUUUGCCGCUUUCCGUGAUAAGACUGAUGCUGAACAAGCUAUUGCUACUAUGAAUGGUGAAUGGCUCGGCUCUCGUGCUAUUCGUUGUAACUGGGCUACUCAAAAAGGACAAACUGCUACUCCUCCUCCUCAACCUGGACAACAAUUACCUUUUGAAAUCGCUGUUCACCAAACUCCUGCUUACGUGACUAGUGUUUAUGUUGGAAACUUACAACCUGAAACUACUCAAAAUGAUCUUUUGCAUCCUUUCCAACGUUUCGGUUUCGUACAAGAAAUCAAGUUACAAGCUGAUCGUGGUUUCGCUUUUGUCAAGAUGGAUACUCACGAAAAUGCCGCCAAUGCUUUGGUUCAAUUACAAAAUGUCAAUAUUCACGGUCGUCCUGCAAAGCUCUCUUGGGGUAAGGAUCGUCCUCCUACUGGAUGGCAAUCUCAUGGUGGUUUCCAACAACAACAUCAACAAAACUGGCAUCAUGUUAAUGGCCAUAAUGGUCAAAUCUCAUCAUGUGGGUGGACAAGUUGCUGGUAAUGCUGGUGUAUCAACUGGACCUUGGGCACAACCUGGACAACAACCUUUAUAUGACCAAUACAAUGCUGGUGGAAACAUUUAGGUAGUUUUUAUAUACUUAUAUAUAUAUAUAUAUACUUCCCUUUUUUUUUUUUAUUAUUAUUAUUAUUUUUUACUACUGUAUAUGUUGUUUGGAGGGGAAUGAAUGAAUAUGAAUGAUUCAUUUUAUUGUAUUUUUGAAGUUUCCCCCAUUUGAUUAUUAUACUUUUGUUUCUUUUCUUAUCUUCUCGUUUUUAUUUUGAACACCUACAACAUCUUUUGUCUUCUUUUUUUUUUAUUUUUUUUUAUCUAUUUUUUAUAUUAUAUCUCUAUGUAAAUAAUG